CGCGAGGUUCCUCACGCAGCUCAUCCGCCCAUUACGAUUUGCUCCCAACGCGUUCCAGGUUCACGUUUGCUUUACACAUAGAACGUUCAUGGUCAUCUACGGAGCAGAUUUCUCGAAACAGCCGCAAAAGUUGGAUGGACGACUAAGGUGUUAUUGGGGCUGAAAGCAGUUCCUUUUCCUUUUGUUUUCCUUCAUCACUUGACGACUGGAAGUUUAAUGAAUUCUGACUGAUGCUGAUAAACUCCGAUAAACUCGACAACCAGUUCGGAAUGAAGAUCAUCGACGAUUUCUUGCUCACGAGGUUCAAACGAGUGACGGGCCACAAGCUGCACCAGAUCGCUUGCUUCGCCCGAGCAGAGUAUUUCUACCGUGGUCUCGAAUUGAUCCUAAUGACUGGCAUGAGAAGCAUGGACCCUUCUGCACACCGGGCGCGGCCUUAGCUGCGACAUUCUGCACAUUUGGGCGCAUGAUGAUACUCCGUACCCCUUUGAGUCAAC